AUGUCGUCGCCGCUCGCCUCGAGCUCCCGCCACAACCUCGACCUGCCGCACCCACCUCGCCACGCCAAGGACCCGCUCCGCCUCCUCCUCGCCGCCGCCGCCGACGAGACCGACUCGGACGACGACAUCGACGUCGAAAACCACCAACCUAUCCCCCUACUCUCCUAUCCUCAUCACCACGACGACGAUCAGGAUGACCACGAUGACGACGACAGCGACCUCGAAUCCGACACCGAAGUCAUGCGUCGUGCCAAGCGCGCACGCCACUCGGCCAGCCACGCCCGCAUCUUUACCAGCCCCACAAAGAGGCUGGCACACAGGACCACCGCCGCUUCGCCACGCCGAGCCGCCGCCGCCGCCCCCUUCAACGCCACUCCGACAAAGGCGCGGAGACCCAUCCUGAUCAAGGGCAACGUCACCCCCUCCAAGGCGUUCUCCAUCUUCAAAAACGCCAAAGCCAACCGCGCCACCAGGACGACUACGGACGCAAAGGAGCUCCGGCGUCGUCCCCCACCCGGCGGCCUCUUGACGCCCCCUCCCUCUUCCCCCGCUCUCCCUUCCUCGUCGGCCACCUCCGCCGCAUCGACAUCCACCGCACCGCUCCGGCUCUCGCAGACGACGCCGCGCUCCUCUGCCCGCUCGGCCUGCACCAGCAUCGGCGUCGAUGGCUUCUUCUCCCCCGCCAACCACCAUCACCUGCCCCCCGCCGCCCUCCUCUCGUCCCAUGCAGCAGCGCCGACCCCUCUGGCGAUACGCCACCUCUUGGCCUCGGCCCACCCGGCCUCAACUUUCACCCCGGCCUCGGCCUCGGUCCAGGACGCCUUCUGGUCCCUCAAGACGCGACGAUCCGCCGGCAGCUGGGGAGCCUCGUCGCUCACCUCGCUCGGCCGCCAGCCUCGCCUCAACGCCAACUCGUUCCUCUCCACCUACCUCUCGCCCCCCACCAGCGUCAUGCGCCUGCCCCUCACCGCCGACGCCGCCGUUGCCCACCCGCUCUGCUCGAGCUACAGCUUCUCGUCGCGCUCCGUCAACCCGCGUGCCCAGUGGCUCGCAGUCGGCGACGACCAGGGCCGGCUCUCGCUGCUCAACACCUUGCCCCCGCACGACGACGGCGCGCAGGAGUACACCGACACGCCCAGCUGGCUCGCCGUCGACGCCGAGCAGCAGGACUCGAUCUUUGAGCUGGCCUGGCGUUUCGACGACCGCGUCAUCCUCAGCGGCGCCAGCGACUACGUCAUCCGCAGCUGGGACGUCGAAUACCAGGUCCAGCUCGACCGCUUCGAGGCCCAUCGCGGCAGCCCGAGGAGCAUCGGCGACGAUCGCCGCGACGGCGCGACGACGGCAUCGGCCGGUGCCAAGGCGCCCGUCCUAUCCAUCUGGUCAGCCCACACCUCGGCCGCUGCGGCCGGUUCCAGGGGCGCCAAAGGUAGGGCGUCGUUUCACCACGUCGCACCGGGCGCGCGAACCAAGCGGUCUCUGCCGCCAAAAGGCGUCACGUCGCUGUGCUACCUCAAUGACGGUAGCGGCCACCGCCUCGUCUCUGCGGGAUGCGAGAACGGCGUGCUCAAGUGCUGGGACCUGCGCACCUGGAGCAGCGGCCCCGCGCCAGCCGCGUCGACCGAAUUCGGCAGCGUCAAAGUCGGCACGGCCGUCGAGGCAACGCGAGGCCGUGACAAGGCGCCGCGGGCGAGGUCCAAGGACAAGGACCUCGGGCCCAGCAGCGUCACGCCGGACCUGACGCUGCUCUCGGCCGCCAACCGCCGGAGCCACGGCGUCUCCCACCUCGUCGCCUCGUCGACCCACAUCUUUGCCUCGUCGACCGACGGGCGCAUCUACAACGUCCCGGCGUCGUCGUUUGUCGCCGCGCCCUCCCCUGCGGCCCUACCGGCGUCAUCGCGCAAAGGGGUGCGCGCAAAAAAGGCACGGCCCGUGGACCCCUCCGACGCCUUCGGACGCGCCGACAUGGAGGGGCCGACGCCGUCGUCCCUGUUUGGCCUGGUGACGCCGGCCCAAGGCCGAGGCAAAGGCGAGGCAGGUGGGGGGCUGUACGACGCCUCGCAGCGUCAGAAUACCCUGUACGCCAAGAUGGCGCUCUACGACGAUCGCUUCCUCGCCGUCGGGUGCAACACGGGCGAGGUAGGCCUGUGGGACCUCGGCAACCCGUGCGCAUCGACCGCAUCGCGCUCCCAGGUCGACCACGACGACGACGACGACGACGACGGAGACGACGACGAGGAAGACGUCGAUGCUGCGCAGCUCGCCGUGGCGCGGGAGAUGGGGUACGGCAUCGCCAACGCGUCGCGGUCCAAAUCGACGUCGAGCGGCCACCAGGCCGUGGUGCUGCGGGGCGGGCACUCGGUCAAUGCCGAGAUCAACAGCCUGAGCUGGUGCAACGGCCCCAUGGGCCCGAUGGUGACGAGCGUGGGCGACGACGCCGUGGUGAGGUCGUGGGUGCCCGAUCGGGCGGGCCGGCAGCGCAUCGACGACGAGGAGCAGGAGCGGAGGCAGAAGAGCGCCAAGGCGGCAGAGGAGGAGGGCUGGUGGUGGUAA